GUGACAAGCCAGAAAACUAUCCAAAGAUUUAUACGUAUAAAGGAACCUGAUCUUAACUUGACAACAAGACCCGACGUGGCAGCUGCCUCGGGAUGUCGAAGAUUACUACGCUCGGAUUCGUUCUAAUCGUUUUGGUCGCUCGCACCACCGGCGACACGAGGAGCUCGGAAAACGUGAAGCUGUCGCAGGAAGACCGUCGCGGAUUGCCUAUGAGAAAUCACAAUUAUGUCUUAUCGGAAAGCUCCAUGAGCAACGCCAGAGUGCAAUCGGACGCAGCCAUAGAAAAACGGAGAAACAAAAGUGCACAGGAAGUUAAAGCGGGAUUGGAUGCUGUAAUAAGAAUCAUGAAGGAGGUAGCCUCGGCUAGUCUGCCAAAAAAGUGUCGCCAGGACCACGAAGCGUUUCGUUUAAAUGCCAGAAAUUACAUGCGUGACAUGAGACACUGCAUUGUCAAAAAAUUUCAAGAUUUGACUGCAUUUCGUAAGAAGAAGCGAGAGGUUAUAGAUGCUGCAAUAAGAUUCAUUCGUGAGAUUAAUGACAAUAUGACUGAGCUGGAUAAGCAGACGAUGAAUAAGCUUAGGAGGACUGUGCGAAUAUUAUUAAGUCAAACAGCGUCCAUCUCUCCCAAGUCGACUAGCUGCGCGUCGAAAGAAAUAAUUGAAAAUAUUGUAAGCACAGGGAAGGAAUUUAUUAAAAAUGGCUGCUAAUCUUUGGUAUCUCGUUACGCGAGGGUUCCUAGUGAGAAAAUUAAUAAAAUUCUUUCUAUAAUUACAAAAA